AUGAAAGCAGCGACCGCUGGGGAAACUGAGCAAGAUAGGUGGGAGAAUUGGGAUGAGAACUCGAUGAUCGAUUUGGGGGUUGAAAAGUCUCGCAUUGUCGGUUGGGACUCCGUUUGGGAUGUGGGUCGAAGUGUUGUUACCAAGCGGGUUCUGGAAGUGGCUUAUGAUGCUUAUUGGUCGAUCGAAAGAGUGAAGCCCCUACGAGUCGUUGCUUGUUGGCUUCUUGUAGCACUAUACAAGAACUUGAUGUAG